CUUCCCGCCAAAUUUGAGGAUAGAGCAAAGAUGUUUACAUGUCAAUAAACGAAUUUACACAUGUUAUGACAUUAAAAAAAAGUCAUCCAGAUGUUAUUUCUAGACUAUAUUCCAUAGGAUGGAUAUCAUAACGCAAUUAUUCACUCAUACCUGGACAUUAGAGGAAUGGUUAACACUGGUAGACAUUUCCAAAAACUUGUUCCAAGAUACAGAUUCCCUACAGUAUAGAGAUGUUUUGAAAACUACCAUAGUAGCAGACCAGCAGGAAGAGUUUCCAACCAUUCAUUCCUUCAGUCAAGUUUAUCAACAGAGGGAGCUAUUGUUGCAUGUAAUACAGAAAUUAAAGAAGAGAAAUGAAAAGAAUGUAUUAAUUUUUGGAUUUUCUGCGGCAUCAGAUGAUAUUGGAGCUCAGGUGUCACACAUACAUAACUUAGAAUACAGGUAUCCAAACAGCUGUUUUAACAGAUUACAGUAUCCAGUAUGGAGUAAAUUAUUAUCCAGGAUCGGUGAUGUAGUCAUGACAUAUUUGCUAGAGAAUACAUCCAUGUUUCUGCUGGUACACACUUCCUGUUAUGUGCAGUUAACUGGAGUUCCUUUUUAUGACCUUUGGCCAAUGCAACCAGGAAAAUAUUUAAGUAUUCCACAAAAGACUACAAAUACAAAGUCCUUUAAAAGAAAGAAGAAAUAUACUCAAACCACUAGUUCUAAGAAACCAAGGUACAAUGAGAACCAAACAAAUAUCAAUAAUGAGACCAAACCAACUACAAGCAGUCAGAGCCAGGCUAACAGUUGUUCACAGGGCAAUGUCAGCAGAAAACCUGAGACAACACACAAUGAAGACCUGACCAGUAACAGCACUGUUAAGGCUACAAAUACAAAUGACAGAGAAAAGGCAAUUGUUGACAUUUCUCAGGCAAAUGUCAGCAGAAAACCUGAGGCAAAUCACAACGAAGAGCUGAAUAUUAACAGCAGUGUUACCAUUACAAAUACAUACAAAGAGGACCAGGCAAAUAUUAACAGUUGUUCUCAGGCAAAUGUCAGCAGUAAACCCGUAAACAAAAAGGAUCAGGCAGAUAUCAUUAUGGAUGCCCAAACAUGUCAAAAGAAAUGUUUUAUGAAAGCUACUGGUUCAAGUCUAAGCAUUGAGGGCCUUACAGAUAUCCAAGUACACAAUGAUAAAAAUACAAUGAAAAAAAGCAACAAAGAGGAUCCUCAAAAUACUACCACUAAAUUGAAUGUAGCUUUAAACAGUUGUGCAAAACAGAAUAUUAUUGAAGAAAUCAUAGCAAACAUUGAUGAUGAGUUGUCACAGCAAAUUAACAAUAGUAAUCCUCAGGAAUUUACUAGAAAUGAUGAACAGUUAAAUACAUGGAGUAAGACACGAUCAUGUGCCAAUAAAGAAACAAGUGCAAAUGCUUACAGUGAUACAAGUGCUGAGAAAAUUAGUGACAGCAUUCCAAAUCAGGCAUUUACUGUAAUUGUCUCAGGAAAGAUUCAAAAUACAAGGCAAAUGAAUGAUAAAGUUUCUGGAAAUAAUAAAAAGAAAAGAAGAAAGAAAAAGAAGAUAAAAUAUCAAGAAUUUUCACCAUAUGAAUACCACACUUAUAUCAAUAGAAUACAGACAUUGUAUGCCAGUAACCUGAGGGAAAAGUUUACAGACAAUUACAUUUUGAACUCAAUUCCACCAACAGAAGAUGGGGCUGUUACACUGUACAGACACAUAUUAGAACACAAACAUACUAUUAAAGCAUCAAAAGUCACAAUCACAUGGAAGUUUCCAGAAAAUUCUGGGAAUUCUAUUGGUAAUGAUUCUUCCUGUUGUGCAAGUAGCACACACAACAUGACUGAGCUAGUUGCAGACGACAAUAAUGAUAUUGAUGACCACUCAAGUUUUUAUCGAACAACUUAUUCUUAUGACAAAGUGCUUACAAUAUUUAAUGAAAAAGACACUCCUAAAAAUUCAAAGACAUCAUCUGAAAAUAAUCCAGAUUUAACAGUUACUGAAAUAUGUGAUGCAAAUAAGCAGAAAAAGUCUCAGAAUCAUGUUGCUGAUGCAGAUAUUGAGAAUUUAAUUUCAAAUAAUUUACAAAAGCCAAAUACCAAAGAAUUAAAUGCAAUCAGAACUAACUCUGUAUUACCAAUUGACAAUUAUUCUAUUGCUAGUGGAAAUAGAACAGAAAAUUCAGAAUGUUUUCAGGCAAACAAGAUCAUUCCAGAACAUGAAAAAGCCCAAGGCAUUGAAACGAGUGUUAUUGAUGAUACUUUAUCUAAUUCACAAGGUUUCAACACUUACAGUUUUGAGGAUUCCCAAGGGUUUGAAACUAGUGGCAAUGAAGAUUCUCUAACUAUUAUACAGAAGUGUAAAGAAAGCUCAGAUAAUAUUUCUUCUUUUGAUUCCAAGUCAGAUAUACAAGUUAUAGACGGUAACAAGUCAUUAUCUCAAAGCUUUGAUUCUAAAACUUUCAGUGCAGAAUCAGAAAAGAGUGUUAGUAUCUUGUCAAAGGUCAAAACUGAAGGUCAUGGUUGUUUUACAAACAUCAAAAGUAAAAAGUCAGAAUUGUGUUUAGAUAAUGAUUACAUUGACAAACAAUUUUCUAGUACACCAUUAGAGGAUAAUGAAAAUCAGUCAAGUAAACCUAACCUGAGUAAGAUAGACUACGAUGACAACUGUCCACCAAAGUCUAGGGAGUGUAGAAAAUCACUGAAGCGAAAACAUGUGGAUGAUUUGGAAAUUUGUCAUCCCAUAGAUAAAAGACCUCGUUUGUCAUUAGAGGUUUCGUUAGUUCAAGAAUCAAAGGAAAGUUCUAACAAAACAUGUGUUGAAAUGGAAGUAGAGGAAACUGUGGAAGAAGUUAUUGAAAAAAUGAAUGACAGUUCUAAUGAAAUAAGACUUCCUAUCACUGAAGAAGUGGCACCAGAGGAGGAAAGACAGGCAUCCAAAAAUGAUAUUGAAUUAUGCAAAUCAACUGUUUGUGGUGACAAAAUAGCAUCUUCUAAAGGAGGAAAAUGUGAUAUACAUAGCCAAAGAUGGGAAGAAAUCAAAGAUGCACAAUGUAAUACAAUAGAAGUAGAUUUCCUACCUACCUUGUGUCCUCUCUUACAGCAAAUAUUAGCCAAGCAUAGAAAAUGUCCAUACAAGUUUUUAUUGGAUUACUAUUGUCCUGCAGAGAAACCCAAGAAAAAGUGCCAGAUUUAUCGGAGAGGUCAGAAACACAUUGGUGAUGUUAAAUUGAUAAAAACUGAUUCAGUCAGAGAAAAUUUACAUAAAUUUAUACCUCAUAGACAGAUUUACCUGUUUAUAAGACGUAUCUGUUUGUUUGUGAUACCUGAAGAUGUAUGGGGUAGCAGGAGGAACAGAAAUUUAUUCACUAAAAAUAUACAAAAGUUAAUAUCAUCCAACAAGUAUGAUAAACUAUGUAUAGGACAGAUGAUGUCAGGAAUAAAGGUUUCUUCUAUUUCCUGGUUGAGAACUGUAAAAUCUAAUUCUGUUAGACAACAUAUAAUGGUUAAAGUAUGGCACUGGAUCAUUGAAGAGUUUGUUCUGGAUGUAAUCAAGACUUUUUUCUAUGUAACAGACACGACCCAGCAUGUAAAUCGUUUGUUUUACUAUAGAAAAAGGACCUGGCAGUGGCUUCAUGUUAAAGCUUUAUCAGAUUUAAAGAAGAGGAAUAUUAUUAAACUUAUUACAGAGGAUAGCGCUAAACAGCUGAUAAUAGAGAGACAGUCACUUGGUGUCGCCACCUUACGUUUCUUUCCAAAGUCUAAAGGACUUCGACCGAUAAUUAAUUUAGGAAGGCAACAGACACUGUUUGGAAUACCAGGUCUUCCUAUCAAUAAACAGCUGCUGAACUUGCUUCAAGUUUUAUCAUUGAUAAAGAAAAUGCAUCCUCAUGUAGUUGGUGCUGCCAAGUUUGGACAAGAUGAAGUUUAUAGGACAUGGAAAUCCUUUGCCGUUAAACAGAGUCUUCCAUUAUACUUUGUGAAAACAGACAUCAGUAGCUGUUAUGACGAAAUAUUACAACAAAAACUUUUCUGUAUUGUCAAGAAUAUUUUCAAUAAUCCUGAGAUAGUGGAGGAUGAUUUUAUCAUAAGAAGAUAUGUGAAGAUAGUAAAUGAAGGGGGAGUAAUUAAGAGGAAGUUUGUAAGAAAGGCUUUCCAGUUAGGUGACUAUAGGUCAGACUUUGUGAAGUUCCUCCGACAUCAGAAUCAAGAGGACAACUCACAUAACAUUGUCUUUGUUGACCAGGUUGUGACCCAGCAAGAAACAAGAGAAUGCUUACUGAGACAACUACAUUGUCAUAUCUUCCAUAAUAUCAUUAAGAUUGGGAAGACAUACUAUAAGCAAAGUAAAGGAAUCAGUCAAGGAUCAGUAAUAUCAACCCUUCUGUGUAACAUGUACUACGGUGAGAUGGAGAGACAGUUUCCUAUCUAUGAAGGGGAGGUAAUGAUGAGGAUCGUGGACGAUGCAUUGUUUGUUACUCCAUCAAAGGAAAGAGCUUUCAAUUAUUACCACAAAAUGAUAGAUGGAAUAACAGAUUUUAACUUUUCAAUCAACAAAAGUAAAGUCCAAACAAAUUUCAAUGUUUCUGAGUUCACAGAUGGGAUAACAGUACUGAAAAAUACAGAAUGGCUGUCUUGGUGUGGCAUUUUGUUAAAUAUGAGAACAUUAGAAACUUCACUUAAUCUGUCUUUCUACUUUAGUUCUUAUCUUGUGGAUUCAAUGACUUUUGAUACAUCAUACAGAGCAGGUGUCACAAUGAAAAGAAAGUUAUUCAGAUCUAUUAGAUUGAAAUGUCAUCCAUUGUACAUUGACAGUCAGUUGAAUUCCAUAAAUGUAGUGAUAGUAAAUAUCUACAAGAUACUGUUGCUGUCAGCCUACAAGUUUACACAGUACACAAAACAUUUAGCAAAGAAGGAUAACCAUUGUUUCUUAGAAGGUGUAAUUACAGAACUGGGGCAUUACUUUUAUUCGGUAUACUAUUCUGCAGUAAAACAUAAGAUACAUGGUAAAAAUGGAGUUAUUUUAAGUCCUGGGCAUAUUCAGUGGCUUUGUGUACAUGCGUACAUGGUAAAGUUGAACCAGCACAGAAGCCUGUAUAAACCAUUGGUGUCUUGCCUUCAGAGGUGUAAAGUCCAACUAAAUAAAAAAAUGAAAGAGAAUUUCCUCUCUCCAGAACAUUUAAGAGAUAUCUGUGGCUGUGAACUACCAAAGGAAUUUUUAAGAAUAAGAUGACAUUUUAUUAAAUUGAACAGAGAUGCAUGUGUGCUCCAUAAAUUUAAGUAAUACACACAUUUGUGAACUAUCCAUU